AUGGCUUCAAACGCGACUCUUCCCAGCAUUUACGUCAUCGGACCACAGUCAACGGGAAAAACAACACUCGUCAACAAGCUACGCGAUGACUUGCGGCACUGGCUGGCAGGUGCAACAAUAGAGCCACCACAGAUUGUGACCGAAGUGGCGAGAACUGUACUCACCAAACACAAAUACACGGCCAACGAUAUCACGUCAUCAACCGAUCGAUGCCUUGAACUUCAGAAACUCAUCCUCGAGGCCCAAGCAGCCGCUGAGAAGGAAGCCCUACUAUACUCCAGCUGGUUCAUAUCUGAUCGCUCUGGUUUUGAUCCUUUGGUAUACGCGCGAGAAUAUGUCUCCCCCGAAGCAGUGGCAGAAAUGCAAAGGCUGCCUGCAUGGAUCGAGGUAAAGACAAGAAUGCAGAAUUCAUUGGUUGUGGUGUGUGAAGCCGGUACGCCGUGGCUUAUGGAUGAUGGUGUUCGUUUGAUGCCUGACAAUGAAGGUGCUUGGAUGAAGCUAUCGCGAGACUUUUGUGAUCUGCUUGAUGAGACUGGGUUUAGUUAUUGUGUGGUGCCUCGUGCAAUGCUGGAUCUCUCGGAGAGAGCGGCAUUUGUUCUUGCGAGAUGGGAAGAGAGACUGUCAUUUAGUCAAUCAAUAUCUGUCUAA